AUGGGUGUUACUAUUGUUCUUGGGAGUCAGUGGGGUGAUGAAGGAAAGGGAAAGAUUACCGAUAUGCUCUCGCAACAGGCGACACUCUGCUGCCGUGCCGCUGGCGGCCACAAUGCGGGCCAUACCAUUGUCCAUGGAUCCGUGACAUACGACUUCCACAUCCUUCCCUCCGGUCUCGUCUCCCCGGCCUGUGUCAACCUCAUUGGCGCCGGAACCGUCGUGCACGUCCCCAGCUUCUUCAAGGAAUUGGCUGCCCUGGAGGCAAAAGGCUUGAAGGGCGCUGGCAGUCGCAUUUUCAUCUCGGACCGGGCCCAUGUGUGUUUUGAUCUGCACUCUGUGGUGGACGGCUUGGAAGAGGCUGGACUCGGUGGCCGCAAAGUCGGCACCACUGGUAAGGGUAUUGGGCCUUGCUAUAGCGACAAGGCGUCGAGGCGAGGCGUGCGUGUCGGCGAGAUUCUGCAGGAGGAAUUGUUUGAGCGCAAGCUACGUACUCUCCAUGCUGGUUACGUGGCGCGCUUUGGCGAGCUGAACUAUGAUGUUGAGGAAGAGAUUAGCCGUUUCAAGGAAUACCGCAAAACCCUCGUUCCCUACAUCGUUGACCAACUGGCCUUCUUCCAAAAACACAAGGAUGCCCCCAGCACUCUCGUCGAGGGUGCCAACGCUCUGAUGCUCGAUCUGGACCACGGUACUUACCCCUUCGUGACCUCCUCCUCCACGGGCCUCGGGGGCGCCGUCCAAGCGCUCUCCCUCAACCCCACCAGCAUCAGCUCCAUUAUCGGUGUCGUAAAAGCCUACACCACUCGCGUCGGCUCCGGCCCCUUCCCCAGCGAGCAGCUCAACGAAUUCGGCGACAAGCUGCAGGGCGUCGGCAAGGAAUUCGGCGUUACCACUGGCCGUAGACGCCGCUGCGGUUGGCUCGAUCUCGUCCUCUGCCGCUACUCCCAGGCUGUCAACCAUUACACGGCUCUGAACCUCACCAAGCUCGAUGUCCUCGACGACUUCGACGAGAUCAAGGUCGCUGUUGCUUACACCCUCCCUGACGGCACCCGUCUGGAGAACACCAUGCCUGCCAGCUCUGACAUGCUUGAGAAACUCCAGGUCGAGUACAUCUCUCUUCCCGGCUGGAAGAGCAAGACCAUGGGUAUCCGGAAGUACGAGGAUCUCCCCGAGAACGCGCGCAAAUACGUUGAAUACAUCGAGCGCGAACUCGGCGGUGUCCCUGUGAAAUGGAUCGGAACCGGUCCUGCCCGGGACGAUAUGAUCUGCCGUGAGUAG